CAUUAUAUAGACUUGUGUGAAGUAUGAUAUACUCUAUAGCUAGCGUAGCUCCUCAGGUUUCUUCCUCUGGGUUUUUCUUGAUAAUUCUUAUUCCUCAUCCUCAGGAUUUUCACAACCAACUAGAUCUCCCUUCUCUCUAUUUCCUUUCCGUCUCGUCUUCUUAAUCAAAAUCUUUCUUUAUUGCUCAAACCUUUACCCUUUAUAAAUACCAGCUCACGCAAAAGGUUUCCAUCUUUCAAAUAGGUCUCAUUGAUCCCUCUUAUCCUCUCUCUCUCUCAUGGCUGAUAUUGAUCACUAUCAUGCUAAACCUAAUGCCACCAACAACUCAACCUUAAAGCUCUUCGGCUUCAAUAUUUUAGAGAAUAAUAUUCCUGUGGAUUCAAGCAAAUCUCUAUCUGGGUCUCCUGAAUCAGAGAUUGAAGGUCGAAAAUAUGAGUGUCAAUAUUGUUGCAGGGAGUUCGCCAACUCUCAAGCACUGGGUGGCCACCAAAACGCUCACAAGAAGGAAAGGCAGCUUCUAAAGCGCGCACAGAUCCAAGCAACGCGUAACCUGGCAUCUUCUUACGUCCCUACUUCCAUGUUCUCCACCUUGACGCCGCUUCCACCCCAUCUCCUACCUCCGGCGAUGGUUCCGAUGGCAGUGCAGCAGCAUCAGCAUCAGUCUCCUUCAUGGUUUUACACGUCCUAUUUGAGUCGCCCAUUGCUUUCUGGGUCUGAAAGAUUUGUUGAAGACGAGGUUCGAGUGUCCGAUGAGUGUUUGGGACUUCAUGCCAGAACUUCGUUCCCGGUGCAGUGGAGUGGGAUCGCCGGAGAAGAUGCUGGGGCUCACCGGGAUAAGGGGUUAGGUUUGGACUUGCAUCUAAGUCUUUGACCAGCUGUACCCUAACUUGGUUUGGGCUUUGAUCCAAGAAAAACUCGACUCCCAUGUUGCGCGGGAUGUACAUUUUCCAAAUUUUCUAAUAUGGUAAAUUUUUCCUUAAA